CCGCGACGUAACAUUUUCCAAUGUUUGAGGUGGAAGGGGUGGGAACAGGGCUGAAGGAUGGAGUGGGGAAUAGUGGGAAUGAGAGUGCAUGAUUCCGGAAUCUUGGAAAUGGAUGGGGAAAUUAAAUCAUGUGGAAAUCGUAAUCCUUUUGGGUCUUUCUUCUCUUAUACGUAAUGCCUCAUACUUCCUACUCAUCAUACAACAAACAACAAUUCUUUGAAGCUCCAACAGAAUUCUGUGUCUGAAUCGCUUAUCCUCCCAUCCAGAAAAGAACAACCGGCCAACCCAAACAUACAACAUGUCCUCCUCACAAAUCCCAAUCCUCUUCACCCUCCCGCCCUCAAACCGCCAUGAACUCAUCCUCCUGGACACCUCCACGAAACCCACCUUGAAAUCCCUAAACAAACAAAUCACCACCACGAUCUCCACGUCCCCCAACUGCGCCGAAUUCAUGUCCAAGUACAAAGCCAAGCCCGAAGAUGGCGAGGCAGCAGGGGGAGCGGGUGGGAAGGAGACGAUACAGGAGUUCAGGGUGCACUGGAGCGAGGCGGGUAGGGACAGGAAGGUAUGGCCCGAGUACACGACGCUGACGGAGGGGAACCUGGCGGCUGUGCUUGAGGUGUUGAAGUUGGGCGUUGGGAAGGACGUCCUGGAGAUUAAGUUGGGGAAGGGGGAGUGAGAAGUUUUCCUUGAAGGGCUAGUGUAUGAGUAUGGUUAUGCUGGGAGGGUUUCAUUUGUAUGAUUUCGUGUUUUGCUUGAUGGGGUCUGGGGAUAGUGAGGUCAUGGGUAAUGAUGAUGCCAUGGAUGGAGUGGGGAAGGUCGAUAAAAUGAUAAGAGGAACACAUGGAUGAUCAUGUAGUUGCUUGGUUAUAUUUCUCACUGGAGUUGGUUCGAAAGCAA